AUGCUCGAUUGGAAGGACGUGUUGCCAAUCUUGAAAGAAUCGACAAAAACCGUGACGGAUCCUCAAGCAUCCGUAGUAGAGGAACAGCUGAUUGAGGGCUUUUGGAUGCUACAUCGAAAAUGGUUUGAUCAGGGGCGGGCAUCUGGGGAUCACUUACCAACUCGUUGUGAUUUAUGUCACAAUGUGCUGAAUGCCAUUAUCAAGGUUGUCGUGAACAAUUGGAAUAGCGCAGAUUCCUGGAGAUUACAACAAGACGACAACUUUACCAAAGCGCAAGAGUAUCUCAUUGAUCUCUGGAGCUUGUGGUACGAUAUGUGGAUUGAUUUAUUGCAACUACCCGUGGGAGUCGAUGAGGAUAUUGGGUCGAUUGGCACAAUGGGAUACAAAGUUCUUUGGUUAAGCAGGGAUAUGGGCCACGAAGCUACUAGUACAAAUAAUAUUCAUGACAAUGAGAACAACAAGCAACAAACAUUGGUGUACCCGGCACAUCUCUUGGCGUUGGUAGAUCCAACCGCUACUUGGUUUCAUGCCUGGGUGGUGCGGAUGACACCAGUGGAGCUUGUCAGACUGGCAAAUUUUGAACAGGUGUGCCCUGAUUUGUGGCAGCGAGCGAACACUGAUGACGGCACAACCAAGAAAGUUUUCCUGUUACAACACCAAUCCAACGCGGUACUCUUGCCGGUGGCAAUGCGACAGCACUCGCUCUCCAUGAUUCGAUCGAUACUGGCAUGUACCAGACUGCAAUGGUUCCCAGCGGCUUGCACGUGGGAAAACAAGAGUUCAAUGGCUCCAAAACAACCACAACAGCCAUUGACUCUGGACAAGCUGAAGCAAGAGUGUGAAGAGUUUACUGGGUUGCCAGGAAAGCCUGAUGGCAACCAAAGCUACGCGGAUAUCUUGAAACCGUAUUGUGGGAUAUCUGCAGAACAAUCAACUGCCCUCUUGGAUCUCUUCCUCAAAGUUGGCGACUUGUCCGGUGCGCACGAACUCGACCAGGACAAGGUCCAACCCAUCGCGGCGAUUUGCGCAGAGGCCAUUGAAACCAUACUGCUAGGUAUGCCACUGAUACAAGGUGAAGAAGCGGCGUCCUCGAAUUGGAUGUCGCAACAUCAGGAUCGUUGUGGGAAGAAGGACAAGACGUGCUUUGAAAAACUUCUUGCCAGGGUACUUAAAAACAUUGAGCCGUAG